AUGCAUUGCCAAAAUGAUUAUCAGCUGAGACAGCUCUGCCUUCCACCUCCCACCAUCUUGGUGAAGAGUUUUCCCAUGAAAAAAUACGUGGAUGCCUGUGGUGUCGUCCGUAACAUCCAGUCCUUACCUCCCUGUGUGGAUCCCUGCUGCUACGCUGGGAUUCCGCAGGGCAACACCACCUAUGUGAACCUGGGUAAUCUUGGUGUGACACAGAGUGCCAGGUGCGUGGAUCCGUCCUGCUUCGGAGUCACCGCGUGUGUGCCUCCGUGCUGUGACGAAGUGAUCAAGUGUACCACCAGACGAGCGGACCCGUGCUGCUGCAAAGUGACGGAGUGCACCACCAGAUGCCAAGAUUUGUGCUGCGAGGAAGUGACCAAGGGCACCACCACGUGCGUGGAUCCCUGCUGCGAGGAGGUGACCAAAUGCACCACAAGAUGCGUGGAUCCCUGCUGCGAGGAGGUGACCAAAUGCACCACAAGAUGUGUGGAUCCCUGCUGCGAGGAAGUGACCAAAUGCACCACAAGAUGCGUGGACCCAUGCUGUGAGGAGGUGACCAAAUGCACCACCACGUGUGUGGAUCCCUGCUGCAAGGAGGUGACCAAGUGCACCACCGCGUGCGUGGAUCCCUGCUGCGAGGAGGUGACCAAAUGCACCACAAGAUGUGUGGAUCCCUGCUGCGAGGAAGUGACCAAGUGCACCACCAC